UCCUUGGUAACUUCUCAUCAGUGUCUUAAUUUUCUAUUAGGUCCUUUACAAGUUGGGGAACCAAAAGUAGUUGAACUAAAAGCCUUAACAAUUUGGAACAGUGAGCACACAACGAACGAAAAACCAUCGUUUCUUUUGCAGCUCAAUGAUAUCGAUGAAGACAAGUUUCCUGAUACGCCAGCUUCUACACCCACUUCUGCAGACAGUCUCCAUCAUUUGCACAAGAAAUUUCCAUUGCUUGAGAAAAAGGAUUCGGCAACUGAAGAGUCUUUGGAUGGAAGUGUGACUAGUGAGCUAGAAUGUGGUGAUGGAGUUGUUACAAUUGAACUCUUGAAAUCAGCACUAAGAUCUGAACGUAAGACUUUACGUGCAUUAUAUGCUGAGCUGGAAGAAGAGCGAAGUGCUUCUGCUGUGGCUGCCAAUCAAACAAUGGCAAUGAUAAACAGACUCCAAGAAGAGAAAGCAGCAAUGCAAAUGGAAGCUUUACAGUAUCAGAGAAUGAUGGAAGAGCAGUCUGAGUAUGAUCAAGAAGCUCUACAACUCUUGAAUGAACUUAUGGUAAAAAGGGAGAAGGAAAAACAGGAGCUGGAGAAAGAGUUGGAAAUAUAUCAAAAGAAGGUUUUGGAGUAUGAAACGAAGGAAAAGAUGAGGAUCUUGAGAAAAAGUAGGGAUGGGAGUACUAGAAGUGGAUUCUCUUCUGCUUCUUUUAGCAAUGGUGAGGAUAGUGAUGGAUUAUCAAUUGAUCUAAAUCAAGAAGCAAAAGGAGAAGAAAGAUUUUAUAGCAAUCUCGAAUCGAGCAACCAGAACACUCCAGUCGAUGCGGCAUUAAAUUUGUACAAGUCAUUAGCUGACUUUGAAGAAGAGAGGUUAUCCAUUCUAGAGCAGCUCAAGGCCUUAGAAGAAAAGCUUUUGACAUUGGAUAUCCAAGAGGAACAAAAUUUCGUGAAUUUUAGACCGAUGGGUGACUUCCAUGAAGAGAAUGGCAAUCAUGUGGAUGAAAAUGCUGAUGCGAAUGGCAAUCAUAUAGAUGAAGAUACUUAUUUUGGGGGUAAAGCAAAUGGGCAUGCAAACGAUUUAACAAAGGAAAUGAAUGGGAAACAUCAUCAACCAAGAAGAAUUGCAGGUUCAAAUGGAAAACGGCUUCUUCCUCUCUUUGAUGCAAUUAGCGAUGAAAAUGGAUAUGUAUUCCAUAAUGGAAAUGGAUUUGGAUUUGAGUCUAAUGGGGUGCACAAUUCUUAUGAAUCAAAGCUUGAACUGGAUAAUAAAAAGCUUGUCAUUGAAGAGGAGGUGGAUCAUCUCUAUGAAAGGUUGCAAGCUCUUGAGGCAGAUGGAGAAUUCCUAAAGCAUUGCAUUGGCUCCCUAAGAAAAGGCGACAAGGGAAUGGAUCUCCUUCAAGAAAUUUUACAUCAUCUCCGUGAUCUGCGCAAUGUUGAGCUCCGAGUGAGAAAUUUGAAUGACACUACUAUAGUCUGAAACUCUUGUAACUGCAUAUUCAAGUUCAAUUUCUUUGGGCAUAUGAAGGAAGCAUGCCAAAAUGAUCAUGAUGGUAUGAUAUAGCAAAAGAAUUUCUGUGUAUUCGAAGAGAAAUUUGAGGGUAAUCCCUCAAUGGAGUGUCCAAGUGGAAGGCUCCUGGAUGAUGGUUUUUGGGGCAACUUUGGCAGACAACGAAAUUGGUGCUGCCUAACUUUUGUUCUUUGUUUCUUGGUUAUUUUCUCCACAUAAACUCAAACUUGUGUAGGUCUAUGUCCAUCUCAAUCUUUUAAGGAAAUGGGGGAUGGUGAAUGUAUGUGUGUGUAGUCUAGUGAAAAGAGAACCACUAGUUUAUUAGACAUUAUGGAGUAGCACAGCUUCACUUUUUGAAUUUUUUUGGUGGCAUG